UCGGUCAGUCAGUCAGUUUCGUUCUUUCGUCGCGUUCGGUUGUGUCCAGGUUAAAAAUUCUUCCCCCCAGGCUCGAGAUUCGUCGGGGGCGGUUGGAGUUGGGUUUUUAUUUUUAAACUUCCACACACUUGAAUUUUGUGCAACUUACUUAUUCGGUAGAAGAAAAAUCGACGCAAAAAAGUGAAUUGUGCGAUUGCAUUUUCAAUCUUGGAAAAGGUGUCUUUCUGUGGAGUGGUGUUUAUGGUUCUAAAUUUUUGUCUCUAUUACGUCUGGCAGGGACGAAAGAUUUAUCUCAGCUUUGAAAAAGUGCCUACAUUUGCAUUGUUAUUGAGAAAAGAUAAGCCUAACUACUGGAAGAGUUCGGAGAAAGUGCAUGCUAGUCUCGUCUUGAAGUGUCUUAUUUCAUCGGAGUGUGGUCAACAGGCUGAAAACCAGUUUUCCUCUCGGGGAAGGAAAGAAAGAAGGAAGGCAACCAAAAAAAUACACGAACGCAUAGCAAGAAAACUGCACAGCACAGAGGAAACUUCGCCCUAAUAAGAAUUAACGCAUCGGUAAACUGGAACUGCCGAUAGCAACAACCGGGGCAGGAACGGAACGGAAGCUGGCCGCCGGAAGGAAUCCGUUCAACUAGGCGAGGAACGGAAAAACGAGCCUGUGAGCUAAAGUACAAAGAAGAAAAAUUAGUUCCCUCAAAGAACGUUGAAUUUUAUACAUAAUACCCCGCAAAAAUGCCUGUCUUUCACACCAAAACGAUCGAGAGCAUCUUGGAGCCGGUUGCACAACAGGUCUCCCGGUUGGUGAUACUACACGAGGAAGCCGAAGAUGGCAACGCCAUGCCCGAUCUCGGCCGGCCAGUCCAAGCCGUUUCGUUGGCCGUUACAAAUCUGGUUAAGGUCGGACGGGAGACGAUCCACAACUCGGACGACGAGAUCCUGCGGCAGGAUAUGCCCUCAGCACUGGCCCGGGUCGAGAACGCUUCCCAACAUCUGGAGGAGGCCAGCAUCAUGCUGAUGUCGGAUCCGUUUUCUGGGCCGGCGAGGAAGAAGCUGAUCGAAGGAUCACGCGGCAUUUUGCAAGGUACAUCUUCGCUGCUGCUGUGCUUCGACGAGUCGGAGGUGCGAAAAAUUGUGCGCGAAUGUAAGCGGGUGCUGGAUUAUUUGGCCGUGUCGGAGGUUAUCGAUACGAUGGAAGAUUUGGUGCAGUUCCUGAAAGAUUUGAGUCCCUGUUUGAGCAAAGUGUCGCGGGAGGUUGGCGCGAGAGAGAAGGAAUUGACGCAUCAGGUGCACAGCGAGAUUUUGGUACGGUGCCUAGAGCAGGUUAAGAUCUUGGCACCGAUUCUUAUCUGCAGCAUGAAAGUGUUCAUUUUGAUUGCGGAGCAGAACGGGAAAGGUUCGGACGAGGCAGCUGAAAAUAGGAAUUAUUUGGCAUCUAGGAUGAGCGAAGAAAUUCAGGAGAUUAUCCGGGUGCUGCAGUUGACCACUUAUGAUGAAGAUCAGAGUGAGCUGGAUAAUUUGACUGUGCUGAAGAAGAUUCAUAAUGUGAUGAACAACAAGAUGGAAGCAGCGGUUGAUUGGUUGAAGAAUCCGUAUGCGCUGAGGGGUGGAAUUGGCGAGAAGGCGCUGCGACAGAUUGUGGAGAAUGGGAUGAAAGUGGCCGACAGAUGCCUGCCGCAGGAUUCGCACAUUAUCCGGAAGUUGGGCGGAGAUAUCACUGCAAUGACAAAUACUUUGUGCGAUCUGAGACAGGAUGGAAAGGGAACAACGCCACAGGCAGAUUCGAUUGCCCGUGAUAUUCGGGACAAGCUUGGUAAUUUAGAGCAGUCGGUAUUGAAUGCUAUUAUGGGUGUUGAUAAGGCUGGUCUUCAGCAAACGGCCCACACUGUGCAGGGACGUUUGGAGCAAGCGUGCCGCUGGCUGCAGAAUCCUAGUCAAGAUGAUCGUGGACUUGGUCAGAGGGCUAUUGCUUUGAUCGUUGAUGAGGGUCGUAGAGUAGCCGAAGGUCUGAGUGGCCAUCAGAAGGCGGAAGUAAUGCAGCUGUGUGAUGAGGUGGAACAACUUUCCCACGAUUUCUCCCAGAUGGCUGCCAAUGGACUGGGCCACACUGCACAAGCCCAGGAAGUUGCUCGUCGUUUGAAUGAAAAGUUACACGGGCUCAAGAAACAAAUUCAAGAUGCUGUUGUUAACCGUGUGGUGGAAGACUUCAUCGACAUCUCGUCUCCUUUGAAACAGUUCAUGGAGGCGGUUGCACUUCCAGAAGGAACCCCAGGUCGUGAUCAGAACUUCAAUCAGAAAUCAAAUAAACUGCAAAACUUUAGCGAUCGUGCUUCCAAAACUAGUCGCAUGGUUGCGGCUGGAGGUUCGGGUGGCAACAAAAAGCUUGCAGAAGUUCUCCUGGCGUCAGCCUCUCAGGUUGAUAGCUUGACUCCACAGCUUAUUUCCGCAGGACGGAUUCGCAUGAACUACCCCACAAGCAAGGCAGCGGAAGAGCAUUUGAACAACCUCAAACAACAGUACGCCGAUACAAUCCUGCGCAUGAGAACCCUGUGCGAUCAGGCCACCGAUCCCUUGGACUUCAUCGAGGCUUCCGAAAAGCAAAUGCAGAAGCACUCUUUCCUGUGCGACGACGCCAUCCGGAUGCGGCAACCACAAAAGAUGGUCGACAACACUUCCAGCGAAGCCCGUCUCGCUAACCGAGUCUUGCUGGUGGCCAAACAGGAAGCCGACAAUUCCGAAGAUCCAGAAUUCAUUGCCAACGUCAAUAACGCUUCGGAUCGGUUGCAAUCGUCGAUUUCUCCGAUGGUACAGGAAGCUAAGAAUGUUUCCAUGAACAUUGCCGAUCCGAUCGCCGCUUCUAACUGGAGGGAAGCUAAUAAGCAUCUUCUUCAAAACGUCCGCAACAUCCGCAGUGCCAUCAGCAAUGUGCCGGAGGUUCCGGAAAUGCCGGACCUCGCGGCACUACAUCUAUCGCAACAGCACCAGGCUCCGCCGGAGACGGCUCCUCCACGUCCACCGCUACCGAGGGAAAACAUUCCUCCGGUAAGGCCACCACCACCUGAGACCGACGACGAGGAUGAGCUGUUCCAGGGACUUCCGAACGCCAACCAGCCGAUCCUGAUGGCCGCCCAUGGACUGCACCAGGAAGUGCGCCAGUGGUCUUCCAAGGAUAACGAAAUCAUCGCUGCAGCCAAACGGAUGGCCGUUCUGAUGGCUCGACUCUCGGAACUGGUUCGAGCGGACUCCAAGGGAUCCAAGAGGGAGCUCAUUGCGACGGCCAAGAAGAUUGCCGAAGCCUCGGAGGAUGUCACCCGGUUGGCCAAGAUUCUGGCCCGACAGUGUACCGAUAAGCGCAUCCGGACCAAUCUGCUGCAGGUCUGCGAACGGAUACCGACAAUCGGUACGCAGCUGAAGAUUCUGUCGACGGUGAAGGCCACCAUGCUGGGAGCUCAGGGCUCCGAUGAGGAUAGGGAGGCCACUGAUAUGUUGGUCGGAAAUGCUCAGAAUUUGAUGCAAAGUGUCAAGGAAACGGUUCGCGCAUCUGAGGGUGCCAGCAUCAAGAUUCGCUCGGACCAGACCAACCAUCGGCUUCGUUGGGUACGCCGGCAGCCCUGGUAUCAGUACUAAAAAGGAUAGGUGAAGCAGAUAAAUUGAGAUUGAGAUCGAAGGGAAAAGUCCCCGAAGCAAUGCAACAGCCAACCAAUCGAAGCACAAUCCGCGGAUCCGGAAUUCGGAUCCGACACUCGUUUGCCUUCUCGUUGAAGUGAAAUUUACACACUACACCUUAACACGUGUUACACGAUACACAUGGUCGUCACAUAACAUUUAUAAUCAAGGAAUUAGGGAAGAAUGGAAAGGGAACAACGAGCUAAAAUUUUUACUGUGUCUGCCAAUCUAGUACUUCGUUUUUUUAGUAGAGGAAAACCGUUGGAAAGCGAAACUGGUUUUUUUUCUCUACAAGGUAGCAGAGAUAGAUUUUUAAGCAUGUUAUCGAACGGCGUUUUUUAUUUGUAUUUAUUGAUAUUUAGUGUACGAUUAAGUUUCUAUGUUUUUACGUCUAUACGAAUUCGAAUCCUUUUUAUAGUCGUUUUUGUCUCCGGAACGGAGACUAAAGUUUAGUUUUUGGAAUCUUUAGAAGGUCAGGAAAAUUAAACCAGUCAUUAGAGAAAAAUGUUUUGCAAAAAUUUUUGAUAAACCCGUCAAAAGCAAGAAAUGAAAGUAACAAAAAGUAUUGAUUGAAAAGAAAAAAACAAGUUUAAAAGCAGAGAAACGCUUCCAAAAACAAAAGUGGUUUCGCUAAACGGAAACUAUUUAAUAGUGGGGUCAAACCUGGAUCGUUGAAUCGUGAAUAAAUUUUAUUAGCACAAGCAAAAGAAAAUAAAUCUAAAAUGUUACAAAAUUCAAUGUAGAAGUUUAUCGAAUAAGGCAGCAAUUGACGGUGAAUUGUGAACCGUUUCACAAAAGUAGUGUAAAACAAAAAAAAACAAAAUCGUAACAAGUAAUCGCAAUUUGUAUGGAUUGAAUUCUUAAUAACGACAAAUGCGGUGUUUGAAAACUAACUAGUUGAUAAUAAUCGAUGGUUUUGAUUUACGUAACAAGUGCAAUAAGAUUGUUUCGAAUUCGAAUGGGAGAAAAGAAAAUCUAACAGAAAAACCGAUUACUCUUAACAUCUACCCAGUAGGAGAAGCAUUGUAGGAAUUUCUUAACGUUUUGUACACAAUCUACAUAUUAACAGAUAAACUUUGAAUACACUUUUUCUGUCGGAUAGAUUUAACCGUUUUCGAAAUCUAUUAUAAUUGAGCAGCUAGAAUUUCGAACGUCGAUAUUCAAAUACUUACUAAGAGUUUUCCGGUAGUUUAUUUGAAGAAAAAUAACAACAAAACAAAACAGAUACAAAAAGAACAAACCAACCUUAUGAGAGGAUCCCUGAAACUGACACAAAACAAUGAUAUAACAAACCAGCCAAUUGAACUACGUACUACUAUUAACGGUAGAUUUUUUACAGUGUAAAACAAGUGUUGUAAUAACAAGUGCCUAUUUACAUUAUUUGUGAAGUUA